CAUGUCUGCGCCCAUGUGUAGGAAAGUGACUAGCCGGUUGAUACAGCAUUUAACUAAAAUUUCGGCGCUACGACUCCAAUAUCCUGAUCAAAGCUACUGCAAAAUUCUUUCAUAUACCAAAAAUACAAUAUGCACAACACCAAGACGGUCAGCUGUAAACAAAAAUCCUGAAACUCGACGUUUUCACGGAAGUGGCAUACCACUGAAAGUGUUGGGCAUUGAAACAAGUUGCGAUGACACGGGUGCAGCUAUUGUCGAUGAAGACAGAAAUGUCUUGGGAGAGGCACUUAACUCCCAAACACAAGUCCACGUCCAGCAUGGUGGCAUCAUCCCAACAGUUGCUCAAGAUCUCCACAAAAUAAAUAUAGAAGAUGUUGUUACUGAGGCUCUGGAGAAGGCAAAUAUGACCAUAAAGGAUGUUGAUGCUAUAGCAACCACUGUGAAGCCAGGAAUGGGGCUGUCAUUGAGGAUAGGGCUGGAAUAUGGGAAGAAACUCGUGAGAGAGUCUGGAAAACCAUUUAUUCCAAUUCACCAUAUGGAAGCCCAUGCACUUACAGUUCGCCUGAUUGAAAAGGUGGACUUUCCAUACCUGGUAUUUUUACUGAGUGGUGGCCACUGCUUGUUGGCAGUGGUGAGAGAUGUAGAAGACUUCUUACUUCUAGGCACAACCCUAGAUGACGCACCUGGAGACGUUUAUGAUAAGGUUGCCAGGAAGUUGAACUUAAAAUUGGUCCCAGAAUGUCAUGGUCUCAGUGGGGGUGCAGCAGUUGAAUUAUUGGCUCAGAAAGGUGACCCCACUGCCUUCGAAUUUCCACAUAUCAGGACACAGCAUCGAGACUGCAACUUCUCCUUUGUUGGGAUUAGAACAUUUGUGGAGAGACUCACAGAGAUGGAAGAAGAAAAAUUUGGUAUUAAAGAUGGCGACAUUCUGCCAAACGUUAGCGAUGUAUGUGCCAGCUUUCAAUACUGUGUUCUCAGACAACUAGCAAAACGCCUCCAGGUGGCACUGCUAUAUUGCGAAAUUAAAUCCUUGUUGCCUGUGGAAAAUAAAACGUUGGUCUUGUCUGGAGGUGUAGCCAGUAACAUGUUUAUCCGACAGGGUCUUUCUAAACUAUGCAGACAGCACAGCUGUCAUGUGGUGUGUCCACCUCCCAGACUUUGUACAGAUAAUGGAGUGAUGAUAGCAUGGAAUGGUGUAGAAAAAUUUAGCAGAGGUCUAGGGGUAGUCAGUGACUUUGAAUCGGUCCGCUUUCAACCAAAGUCACCACUUGGGGUAGAUAUGAUCUCGGAUGUACAGUCCUCAUACAUCAAACCAAACAAGGUUGCUGCUGACCACAGUGAUAAUAAAAUCAGUUGAAAUGAUGGGUUGAAAAAAGUACCAAAAAGGUAAUUUUGACCAGGUUCUUCUGUUUAUAACGUAAAGACGAACGAACUGAAUUGUCUCCUUAACUCGCAAUACUUGUUAGAAUAGUCUCAUCAGGAAUUCCUUUAAAAUCUUGGUUCGGCGCAGACGUUAAAAUCGGGACAGACGUAAAGUGAGCCUGUCUUGCCAACGCAUUCCGGUAAAGCUUCGCCAUCUGGUGGCCGAAAUGAGAACGCCUGCAGCAGGGCCGUUAGCACAAGGAAUAUUUCUUGC